CAAAGAGACGUGCAAAAAUAAAGGUGUCCUUGCGCGAAGCCAAGCUCCUGGCAAUACAGGCAUGCCGAACCAAGUCGCGACUCCAUCACAUCCUGGUCUUUGUGAAGACCAAAAGGACACUGACGAAUCAAUGGAAUGUACUAUUUCAAUUGAACCAGUCCAGUUACAAGAGUCACUUCAUCGCUCUGUUCAAGCGAGUACCCAAAUGCUGUACGAUGUAUAUAACUAUACUACUGUUAUGUUGGAAGAGUUAGAAAAACACGAAGGCCGUCCGGGAAUAGAAGUGCCCCCAAACUCGGAAAUAUUCCCUCAUCUGGUUCCACUCAAUCACAAAAAGCCUAAGCCUGAGGUGAUCGCUGGAAUCGAGGCAGAGCUGCAGUGCUUGUCUAUCCAAAUGCGGUACUUACCAAAGGACGUUAUCAACGAUUCGACCAGGAAACAGAUGGUUGAACAGACUCUAAAAUGGCUUGGAUUCAGGCAAGAAAUGAAAGUACCUCGCAGUAAAGUGGAAUGGUAUUGCAAGAAUAUCCUUGAAAUUGUGCUGUUUGGUGCUGCUAGAGAAAUGCCACCAAGAAAACAUCCAUCUCCAACUGAAAUAAACAGUGAGCAAGUGAAUGAAGCCAUGUUUCAGAUGGCAAGAGGAAGGUAUUUUGGUGAGCAGCAGGACAAGCCGUUUCACGAAGAUCCUAACAAGAACGCUGAGUUGAAGCCAAAGAGAGGUGAAAAAAUGAAGGUGUCCUUGCGCGAAGGAGCAAAUCGUCUGCCCCUUGACGAACAUAAGGAUAACGACUUGCUAGAUGCUCUUGUACCCUAUGUUUUUGACGUGGGUGUGGACACGACUUGACUGGAAUACACUUUCUGAUGUCCCUCGUCACUGAAAGAUUAUACUAGAGUUUCGACCAGUACAGUUAUAUAGGAAUUGUACCAUAGUUUGCCUUGAGUUAUAGUAUUUCGUUUUUUUUUGCGCAUGGGGAGUAAGCUUUUAAAUUGUUUGGCCGUUAAUGAUGUCCACACUUGAUAGUACAGAAUAUUAGUAUUGUUGAUCAUUAAAAAAGCACUUGAAAACGAUUUAUCAUGUCUAACAUAAUAGGCGCGUGCAGUAGAUGCUAUAGCGAUGCUCAAUGUGACAUAACCCUUUGUUAUUCAUGUGCCAACCAAAAGACGAUUGGCUGUUAGAACAAAGCGACUUGUGGAAAGCCAUUCUGAUUAUGCUUGGCACAUUAACAUAAGAAUGAGUUUGUUGAUAACCUUGCAUUGAGACCUUGUGUGUAUUAUGGUUCUCUCCGUUUAGGGAUGAGAUAAAAUGAAUUGUAAUGGUCUCCAUUUUUGUAUUAUUAUAGUGAAAUACUUGAUGCAAAGGCUUUGCAAAAGCUGUGCGAAAAGGCAUGUUUGCAAAUUUGGUCAUUAAUUAGAAUAGUUCUCUGGUUUGUAUUUGAGAUAAGUGGCAAAAAUAUACUCCUCUUAUAACCGACUCAGUAGCUCGCUUCGCAAUUUAAAUAAUAUUCAGAAAGUACAUUGAUCAUUCUGAAGCGCAAGAAAACUCAAAGAUGCAACUCUGACAUGCCUUACGUGGAAGUACCUAAUCUUGAAAGUUUGCUUUGAUUACCAUUGAUUUGAUAAGAGCACACAUUCAAGAGUCAAAGAAGAAACACUGAUGAUGAUCUUAACGAUCUACUUUAUUUUAAUAAUUUCUUUUUAAUUAAAAUCGUCUCAUCCUAA